AAACUGUCAAAUUUUGUUUUGGUCUUCGCGUGAAACAGCAAAUUUGCUGCGUCCUCUGAUCGGCAUUAUUCCAAGAUCCUUUAGUUGCGGAAACAAUUUGUGAUUCAUCCGUGUAUUUCCUCGUAAUUCCUGCCUUAUUCAUCCAGUAAAAUGACUACCGAUAUUGCCCGCGCCCCGGAAGCCAAUGGGUUCAGCUUCGAGAAUUGCCGCAGAAAUGCUCAGCUGGUUAAAGAUGGCUUUGUUCCGCCGAAAAUGAUCAAAACCGGAACCACCAUUGUCGGGAUAAUCUACAAGGAUGGCGUUAUUCUGGGUGCCGAUACACGUGCAACUGAAGGUCCGAUUGUGGCCGAUAAAAAUUGUGAAAAGAUUCACUUUUUGGCUAAAAACAUGUACUGCUGUGGUGCAGGAACGGCCGCCGAUACGGAAAUGACAACUCAAAUGAUAUCGUCCAAUUUGGAGUUGCAUCGAUUGAAUACCGGUCGGACUGUUCCGGUUGUGGCGGCCAAUACCAUGUUGAAGCAGUUCCUGUUUCGCUAUCAGGGCUAUAUCAGCGCCGCCCUGGUUCUCGGUGGUGUGGACAACACCGGUUCCUACAUUUAUUGUAUUUAUCCGCACGGAUCGACCGACAAGUUGCCGUACGCGACAAUGGGCUCUGGAAGCUUGGCCGCGAUGUCUGUCUUUGAAUCCCGCUGGAAGCCGGAUAUGGACGAAGAGGAGGGUAAAAAGCUGGUUCGCGAUGCCAUUGGUGCCGGUGUCUUCAACGAUCUGGGCUCAGGUUCCAACAUAGACUUAUGCGUGAUCCGCAAGGAUGGAGCUCAGUAUCUGCGGACCUAUGAGGAAGCCAACAAAAAAGGAACCCGUACUUUGAACUACGAUUACAAACAGGGCACAACCGGGGUGCUGCAAAGUAAGGUAUAUAAAAUCGAUGUUACGGAUGAAUGCGUCCGGACCUUGAUUCCGGGAACAUCUACUGUGGAGAGCAUGGAUACGGCUUGAAUGUAGAGGUGGAAUUUUGCGGUAAAUGGUUAUUUUUUUAAGAUCAGCUGCGCGCUAUUGAAUAAAAUGUAAU